AAUAAUAAACUAGCCCAAAAUUCUUACUGAGAAUUGGGAGAAACGUGAUGGAAUAUAAUUUUUUCACCUCAGUUUAUAUCACAUUUUGUAUCACUCUGGGUAUGUUGUUUCUCAUAAAAUGGUUCUUAGGACUUCUUCUUGGGGAUGAUGGUGGUGGUAAGCAGCUCCCUCCAUGCCCGCCUGGAAUUCCGAUGAUCGGAAACUUAGUGGGAAUGCUCAUGAACAGACCAACUACCAAGUGGAUAGUUCGUGUGAUGAACGAUAUGAAGACGGAUAUAGCUUGCUUCCGCUUCGGUCGUGUUCAUGUCAUUGCCAUAACGUCUGAUGAGAUUGCCCGUGAAGUCGUCAAGGAAAAAGACUCGGUGUUUGCAGACAGGCCGGACUCUUACUCCGCCGAAUACAUAAGUUGCGGGUACAAGGGGGUGGUGUUCGAUGAGUACGGCGAGAGACAAAUGAAGAUGAAGAAAGUGAUGACGUCCGAGUUAAUGUCCACAAAGGCUUUAGACUUAUUACGCGACGUUAGAAACUUGGAAUCCGACAACCUCCUCGCAUAUGUUCUUAACCUAUACAAGAAAGGUGGGUUAGUGAACGUAAGGGAUAUCGUAUGCACCCACACUCAAAUGGCAACAAAAUACUUGUUAACAAAAGUCAACAAUGUCAAGAGCGACCUAUACUAGACAUC